UUGAUCUUAAUCAUUAUGCCGAGAGCUUUUUUAAUAACUAAUAAACGAUACAACGGUAGAUGGAUUUUAACCAAUUCAAAGGAAGACGCUGAAAAUUGUUUCAUCUUAAAUCAAGGUUCUUCUGGAUUACAUUUUGAUAGUUCUUCAUCUUUACUAAAUACUUUAUCCGCCAUCGAAAAGACAACAAUUAGCAGUAUGAAUUAUUAUUCCAAUGGUCAAUCAAGUCCCAUGGACAACUCUGGUCUUAAUUGUAAAAGGAUUUCACUUCUCACUCAUGCUGCUUUAUCUCGUCAUUUUGGUAACAUUUCAAUCGGUGAAAACAAUCAUCUAAUUGAACAAUUGCAUCCUCAUCAUCCAUCAUUUUCUCCCGAUUUCUCAGUUCAUCCUCUCAAUUUAAUCAUCAACAAAAAGUUCAAUGAGUCCAAAAACAACAACAUUGAAAUCAAUGGAUUCUAUUUGGGAACAAAAGCCAUUGCUGACCACAGUUUUGAUUCCACUCAGGAAGAAGCUGAAGAUUUGACCAUCCACUCAAGGAACUUGACUUCUCCAAAUGAAUCUAAUCAAAGUAUGGAUUAUUCAGACGAACCUUAUAUAUCUGAUCAAUCACAAUGUUCACCGAAUCCAAUAGUUGAUGAGAAUAUUUUUAACCAAAUCGAGGAAAAUCAUGAUGUCCCAUUCACAGAAUCUCGUGAAAUUUAUCCAUCAUCAGGAAAUAGCGAAUCACCAGCCAUUGGAGAUAAUCAUGUUUGCAUCGAUUGUGGUAAACGAUAUUCAACUUCAUCUAAUUUAGCCCGUCAUCGUCAAACUCAUCGCAGUUUCACCGAUAAAAAAGCUCGACAAUGUCCACACUGUAGUAAAGUUUAUGUCUCCAUGCCCGCUUACAGUAUGCACCUUAGGACACACAAGCAAAACUGUCGCUGUCCUCAUUGUGGAAAGUGCUUCAGUCGCCCGUGGCUUUUACAAGGCCACAUUAGGACUCAUACAGGUGAAAGGCCAUUCAAAUGUCCGACUUGUUCAAAGGCUUUUGCGGACAAAUCAAACCUUCGAGCACACAUACAAACACAUUCUAAUAUCAAACCGUACGUUUGUCAACGCUGUGGAAAAGCCUUCACAUUAAAAAGCUACCUUUACAAGCACGAAGAUUCCUCAUGCAUGAGAUUGAAUAGAUCAUCAAAUGGACCAAUAACUUAUGUUUCGGCAACAACAACAAUAAAUUCUGGUGGGAAAAGUUUCACCACGAACAACAACUCAUGAAAUUAGGAAGCGAAAAGAAAUCAUUUAUUUUCAUUUAAAUUCGCCUGCUGGAAAUUAGAUUUACUCUCUUCGUAAUUUGAUCUUUUUAAACUUAUAACUUUUUAUCAUCUUCAUAAUCAGUCAACAUAAUCUUCAUGAAUUCAUCAUCUUCACAAAAAUUAAUCAUCAUCAUCUUCGUUUCAAUUCAAGAUGACAAAGUCAUUCACAAAAAGUGCCUCGAAAAUAAUCAAACUUUUGGAUUAAACUGAUAAUUGUUAUCACAAUCAGUUAAUUCAUAAACUCAACUAUUUUGUUCAUAAUUAUCAAAGCCCAAAUAUUUUACAUGCAUAUUAGAACCAAAUUGAUUAUCUAAUGUAUCUUUCUAUAUAUUUUUAUCAUGUAAUCCAAUGAACUUUGAAACUUAUUUAGUUUAUGAUUGUAAUUUGCUAAGAAAUUAACAGCAACUUUUCCCAAUCAACUUAUCAUUUUCUAGUUUCUCUAUUUCUAGUCUAAUCUUUGUAAUAUCUUUUUCAAUUCAAUGAACAAUAUUUUUAUCUCUCAAAGUGAUUGAAACAAGCAAACAAUCAAUUUUAUCCAUGAUCCAAUUAAGAUUUCAAUAAAUGGCCAAUGAUCAGGACAAUCUUA